AUGUGGAGUAUCUUGCCGUUCGUUCGUGAUAUCGUGGAUGAAGGCUGCUACUUCGACCUCCCUGCUGCUGUCGAAAAGACUUGCCGCUUCAUCGAGGAAGCAGCCAGUAAAGGAUGUGACCUGAUUGCCUUCCCUGAGCUCUGGAUUCCCAUGUAUCCCGGUUGGAUUUGGCAACGUCCCAUCGACUUCGAAAUGGUCACCGAGUACAUAGAAAAUUCCCUUCGCAGAGACGGCCCCGAAAUGAACAGCAUCUACCAAUGCGCCGCAUCCAACAACGUCUCCGUCGUCCUCGGCUACCCUGAAAACGACAACCACUCGCUCUACCUCUCGCAGUGCAUUAUCGGCCGCGAUGGGAAAUCAAGAUGCACCGGCGCAAAAUUAAGCCCACGCACGCUGAGCGCACUAUCUUUGGCGACGGCAGCGGUGCCUCACUGA